UUCUAGUACAUCCAUUAUGCCUAGUACGAGGUCUCAGUCCCAGAUCCAGAAGACUAUAAACUUUCCAAAGCGAAAAUCAGUCAGGACACUUCAGAAAUCAUUAGAGAAAAAGAAGGGUUCCCAUCUAGAUUCAGCAACAUUGUCAGUCUCUUUGGCAUCUUCUCCAAAGCAGGUCUUGCCUCUCAGUCCCCGCAAACGCCUAGGUGAUGACAAUCUUUGCAAUGUUGCCCCCUUGUUACUUUGUACCCCAACUAAGCAGAGUAAAAAAGAAAACAGCCUUCCAGCAACCUCCCCCAGGGCCCGGACUUUAUUCUUCAGUGAACAUUCAGGCUCCAGGACUCCCACCAAGUGCAGCAAUUUGAUUCAAUCUCCUAUACAGAGGAGUCAAGAAACACCCACCACUAUGAAGUAUUACUCUCUUAAAAAAGAGCGAGUAAAAAUGCAACUGUUUAAGCCAGAAGGUACCUGUUAUCAACAGGCAAAAAGUCUUCUUCACACAGCUGUUCCAGACCAAUUGCUUGCAAGGGAAAAAGAAACAGGUAUUCUGCAACAAUUUCUCCUGGAACACAUCUGCAGAAAGAAGCCUGGAAGCCUUUAUAUAUCUGGAGCCCCUGGCACUGGGAAAACUGCUUGCCUCAACAGAGCCUUGCUGGAUUUGAAGACAGAACUCACUGGGAUUCAGAUCACAGUCUUAAAUUGCAUGGCCUUAAAGAGCUCCCAAGCUGUCUUCCCAGCAAUUGCCGAACAGUUGGGCCUGGCUGGAGCUGCCAAAGCGGCCAAAGGUGAUGUCAUCAGAAAGCUGGAGAAAUGGUUGACAUCAGAAAGUGCAUCGAUGGCUUUGGUUGUAUUAGAUGAGAUGGAUCAGUUGGAUAGCAAAGGACAAGAUGUUCUCUAUACAGUAUUUGAGUGGCCUUCCCUUCCCAACUCUCGGCUCGUUCUCAUUGGUAUAGCUAAUGCUCUGGAUCUCACUGAUCGCAUCCUGCCUCGCCUGCAGACCCGACCUUUGUGCAGGCCACAGCUACUAAACUUUUCCCCAUACAGCAAAGAUCAGCUGGCUUCUAUUCUCCAGGAACGCUUAAAGAAGGUGUCAGGAGAGCAGGUGUUGGACAAUGCUGCUAUCCAGCUCUGUGCUAGAAAAGUCUCUGCCUUCUCUGGGGAUGCCCGCAAAGCACUGGACAUCUGCAGGAGGGCCAUUGAAAUUGUGGAGUCAGAUGUGAAGACCCAGUCUAUAUUUAAACAAAUGCCUGCUUCUGAUUCCAGCCCUAUGACAUCAAUCAAAUCUCAUUCCAAAGCAGCUGCAGACUCUGAAGUACUCAAACGAGUGGGCCUGUGUCACAUCUCCCAAGUAAUCUCUGAUGUGUAUGGUGACCGGAUGGCAACUGGUAGCAGUUACGGUGAUGCUUCUUCCUUCCCACUGCAACAGAAGAUUUUAGUCUGUUCUCUGUUGCUCUUAACCAAGCAAAAGAAUACCAAAGAAGUUAGCCUAGGAAAGCUGCAUGAAGCCUACAGCAGAAUUUGUCAGAAACAGAAAGUUGGACCUGUUGACCAAUCGGAAUGCCUCUCACUCUCAGCUCUUUUGGAAUCUAGGGGCAUUGUAGGACUCAAAAAGGCUAAAGAAGCACGGCUGUCUAAGGUCUUCCUGAAAAUAGAAGAGAAGGAUGUGGAGCAUGCCCUCAAGGAUGGAAUCUUGGUUGGAAGCAUUUUGGCUGGGGGCCUUUAAAACUGUUGCUUUGUUCACUUGAACAACAUGUUGCCUCAUACGUCUAUUAACUUUAGGAAUGGACUUCAUCAAGACAUAUAUAGGGGUGCAAUGUUCGGAAUAUUUGGAUCAUUGGGUUUAUUUUAAACAAUAUCAGUGUUAUAAAAAUUGCCCUACUUUCAAGGUUUUAAAAACUUUUUACCCUUUGACUCUUACCUAUCACUUUUAAUUCUCAUUUGGAGAUUUCUUUUUGAAUGCUAGAAAUACUUCUCCCUCUUUCCUAGCCACAGGGCAGUCAACCUUUCCUCUGCUGCCCCUUCCCUCUACAAAUAUGGAACUGCCAAUGUGAUAUUUGCCUCCAUGAUUAACAGCAGAGAUGAGAAAGGAUGAAAGAUGUCAAUAAGAGAGCCCAUUUGCAGACACAGCCAUUAAUGUUGCCAUAGAAAAUAAGAAAUAUAGUAGCUUGAGUUCUUUUGAAGUUGGACUAUGUCAUUGACACUGAGGCUUAGCCUUAUACAUACAGGUACAAACACCACUGAGGGCCCUUGAACAUCUUAACAUUUGUGGCUACAAUCUUAGCACCAAAAUUAAUUUUAGACCUGGAGCAGAGUCAUUUUUAUAUCUGAGCCAUUUUUUUUUUUGAAAAAUUGAAUUAAUUGAAUAGCUUGAUGGUUUUAUACGAUUCUAAUUUUUUUACAAAGUAACUAUGCAUAUCUGAAUUGGAAUCUACUUGUUUGUAUGCGUAUAUGUGUGUGAACAGGAUUGGUUUAACUGCAAAGCCGUUUAUUUAUAUAUCACGUGCAGUGCCUUUCUCCACUGAUUAACUUGUAAAUUGUUCUGAUUUAUUGAAAUAUGUAUAACCAGAUAUUUUUAACAGUUGCAAUUGUUUUCUAUUGCUUCAAUUUACAGAUUAAAAUAAUCAAUCUUGCAAUUUUGAAGUUUAGGAUAUAUGUUUAGUUCAGUAGUUACUCAUUUACACUGUUUACCAAUUUUUGUUGGAGUUGUGUUGGGUUAGGCUUUCUGGUUUGGUGGAAAUGUAUACUUAUCCCAUUUAUUGUGAGCUUGUCCUAUGCUCAGUCUUAAAUAUACUUGGAAUUUGUAUGUCUAACACAUACACUUGUUCCAGAUUAUGCAUAGUUGAGCAGCUAUCACUGUUGUUCUCUUGGAAGAGUACCUACUACAUCAUUUUCAGGACAUGCAAUUCUGUAACUAAUAUCGUGGUUAAAUUUUAGUGAGAAUCCUAGGGCCGGGGGCUUUCAGUUUAAUUAGUGUUCUUCCCCCAAAUUGUUAAUUUUCCACAAAGCUGCUGAAGUGGCAGCAAGAGAUGUAUUACGUGCAUUUUUGGCAUGUACAUUUUAUAGUUUCCUUCUUCAGUUAUGGUGGAAUGGGAUGACUUGAUCCAUCUGCAUCCCUGAUAGCUGACUCCUGUAAACCACAAUGGCAUCAGAUGUUAAAAAUCCAUGACAGUGUUAAGAGAAACCAGCCCAGCCCCAUAAAAACAAAGGGAGAUUUUGUGGUUGUCUCUCCUGGCCACUAACAGUGAGUGGUUAACCAUUGCAAUAUAUCCAACGAUAGAAAAAUGCUGAACCUACUAACAUGAAAUAAAAUGUUAACUUAUGAGAUCUCAAGUUCUAAUUGAUAGCACUAUUGUCUACAGGAUUUGGACAACCAAAAUUGGUAUUUGGACUUCUAAGGUUAUCAAAGCACAUUGCUUAUACAAGCCAGCUUUCAAAGAGUUAAUGGCCUAGAGCAGCCACAGCUAAUAGAAAGCAGACUUUAGAAAGAAUUGGGAGCAGAUGGGUGGCUGGAUUUUAAAUCAUAUUUUUCUUCCUGCUAGAACCUUGAAAGUGAUUCAGUACUCACUACAACAAUGUAUACCUAUUGUCUUCAUGCAUUGCGUGUGUAUGCAUGUUGGUCUACACCUAAGAAAAUACUUCUCAGCUCCUUUCAGAAGGUAUUCUAGGCCUUAUACACUGAUAAUAUUAUUUUGUGCAUGGGGAGGUUCUUUAUCCAUUGUUCAUUUGUUUAGAGACAGAAAUUCUUAAAUCAUUUUUCUCAUUUGAUCUGAUUUUUUAAAUAAAAUA